AUGGAUCGCCUCAUCCGCGCCUCGAGCUCUGCUGCUGCCCCCACUACCUCCGCCAGCGGCGGCGGCGGCGGCGGCGGCGGAGGCGGGUCGGGAUCGUCGGAGUUGCCGUGCGAUCGAGUGAUGGACUCGAUCGCUCUGGAGAGAGAACGAGGAAUCACGAUCGCGUCUAAGUACACAUCUGUCACGUUCAGAGCCACCACGCUCAACCUCGUGGACACGCCUGGCCACGCCGACUUUGGAGGGGAGGUGGAGAGAGUGAUGGGUAUGGUGGAUGGGGCGCUGCUAUUGGUCGAUGUGGCGGAGGGGCCUUUGGCUCAGACCAAGUUUGUGUUGGGGAAGGCUCUGCAGAGGGGCUUAAAGCCCAUCGUCGUGCUCAACAAGUGUGACCGACCCUCAGUGACCACGCAGAUGGUGCAUCAAGUGGAAUCAGCCAUCUUCGACCUCUUCGCUUCCUUUGAUGCCACAGAGGAGCAGCUGGACUUCCCGGUGCUCUACGCGUCGGCCAGGCACGGCUGGGCCAGCUCCUCGUGGCCCCCUCCCCAGCUCACGGCAGCAGGGGCUGCAGCGUCAUCAGAAGCAGCAGCGGCGAAGGGAGAGAGUGGCGUGGUGCCGAUUCUCGAGGCCAUUCUGGACCGUGUGCCGCCUCCUGUGGUGGAUCCAACAGCGCCCUUCCAAAUGCUGGUGUCACUGAUCGACAGGGACCCGUUUCUAGGCCGCCUGCUGAUUGGUCGGAUAACGUCGGGUUCGGUGCGCGUGGGCGACAGGGUGCGGGCCAUGAUGCGGGACAGCGAAGGGGAGGCGGUUUCGUUGGAGGAAAGCAAGGUGGUGAAGCUGGUGAAGCGGAGGGGAGUGAAGUCGGAGGAUAUGGGUGAGGCGGCAGCAGGAGACAUAGUGGCAGUGGCGGGGAUGACCCACGCCCACGUCUCACACACUCUCGCAGACCUCUCGGUCUCCAAACCCCUCCCAGUGGCAGCCAUCGACCCUCCCACCAUCGCCAUGACCUUCAGUGUGAACGACUCGCCUCUAGCAGGGAGACACGGCACCCAGAUGACCGGCCCAAAGAUCGGCGCGCGGCUCAAGGCAGAGGUGGCGACGAAUGUAUCCUUGGGGCUGGAGGCGGGACCUUCCGCGGAUGCUUUCAAGGUGCUGGCCAGGGGCGAGAUGCAGCUGGGUGUGCUUAUAGAGAGUAUGCGCAGGGAGGGGUUUGAGCUCUCCAUAUCGCCACCAUCCGUGCUGUACCGGGAGGAGAAGGGGAAGAAGUUGGAGCCGAUUGAAGAGCUCAUGGUGGAGGUGGAUGAGGAGUUUGCAGGGGCAGUCAUCGACGCCAUCUCUCUCAGAAAAGGAGAGCUCCUGGACAUGAUCACAGAAUCCUCCGCCGCCUCCUCAGAUUCCAGCUCAUCUGUUGCUGACUCAGCAACAUCUGCCACGUCAUCACCCUCACCAUCCACGUCAUCGCCCUCCUCCGCCAGCUCAGCAUCCUCGUCUCUCUCACGUACUCGCCUUCUCUUCACCUGCCCUUCCAGGGGCCUUCUGGGAGUGAGAGGAGUGCUCAACACGGCCACUCGAGGGACGGCCGUGCUGCACCGGUCCUUCCUGCGCUACGAGCCCUGGAGGGGUCAGCUGGAGCGAGGGCGCAAGGGUGUGAUUGUGUCGAUGGCAACAGGUACCAUCACAGCCCACGCUCUUUCCUCUCUUGAAGCUCGGGGCACGCUCUUUGUCAGCCCCGGAGACGAGACAUACGACGGUCAUAUCAUUGGAGAGAACGCCAGGGACGAUGACAUGGAGGUGAACCCUGUACGCACUAAGGAGCUCACCAACAUAAGAGCGGCUUCUAAGGAUGAGAACAUUCGCCUCACACCUCCAAGACAGAUGAAUCUUGAGGAGGCCAUGGGGUAUGUGCAAACGGGCGAGCUUGUGGAGGUGACUCCUGCUGCCAUUCAACCCCUAUGCAUUUCUGCACAUACCUCCAUACCCCUCUGUACGCCUCUAUUCACCACAGAUGAGUUUGGAAGAAGCCAUGGGGUAUGUGCAAACGGGCGAGCUGGUGGAGGUGACUCCUGCUGCCAUUCGCCUUCGAAAGAAAGAGCUGAGCUCGUCUAA